UCUUAAUUUCUAAUGGCAGAGCAACUUCUUUCUACAGGCAUCAAGCACAAUAGCCUACCCGAGAGCUAUAUUCGACCCGAGGCCGAGAGGCCUCAGCUUAACGAGGUACAGAAUGAUGACAAUAUUCCGGUCAUCGACUUGAGCUGCCCCGAUAAAUCCCAAAUCAUCAAUCAAGUAGCCCAUGCCUGCGAAUCCUACGGUUUCUUUCAGGUUGUGAAUCAUGGAGUGACUAUUGAGCUGAUGCUGAAGAUGACGGCAGUUGCUGCAGAAUUCUUUCGGCUCCCUGCGGAGGAGAAGAUGAGGCUGUAUUCCGAUGAUCCAGCGAAGAAAACGAGGCUUUCGACGAGUUUUAACGUAAGGAAAGAGAAGGUUCAUAACUGGAGGGAUUAUCUCCGACUUCAUUGUUACCCUCUUGAGGAUUUUGUUUCGGAUUGGCCUUCUAAGCCUACUUUAUUCAGAGAAGUCGUGAGCACUUACUGCAAGGAAAUCCGACAACUGGGCUUCCGUCUACUUGGGCUAAUAUCUCUGAGCUUGGGUCUAGAAGAGGACUACAUCGAGAGAGUUCUCGGUGAGCAGGAGCAACAUAUGGCCAUAAAUUACUACCCACGGUGCCCUGAGCCGGACCUCACUUUUGGAUUGCCAGCUCACACGGAUCCAAAUGCGCUCACCAUCCUCCUUCAGGACCGGACUGUUGCUGGCCUGCAGGUUCGUAGGAAUGGCCUUUGGUUCGCGGUUGAUCCGCACCCUGAUGCUUUUGUUAUCAACAUCGGUGACCAAUUGCAGGCGUUAAGUAAUGGAAAGUACAAGAGCAUUUGGCACAGAGCCGUCGUAAAUUCAAAUAAAGAGAGAAUGACCAUUGCCUCCUUCCUUUGUCCAUGCAACUCUGCAGUCAUCAGCCCGCCAGUGAAGCUCACCGCCAAUCAAAGUCCGGCCAUUUACAGGAGCUAUACUUAUGACGAGUACUACAAAAGGUUCUGGAGUAGGAAUUUGGAUCAGGAGCACUGUUUGGAGCUUUUCAAGAGAAAUUAGCCCUUUUCUCUUCUUUCCUUUGUUUUUCCCCCUAGUUACUAAAGGGUUGUUUUUUUUUUUAAGAACCUUGAAACAGAGUUAUUUUAUAGAACCAAGCUUUCAUUUUCGAUUUAUACAUAAAUCACUUUGAGCGUGUCUUUUGAUCCAA